AAUGGCAAAAGUUACCCUUCUUUCGUUUAUGGUAUUCCUUACUUUGGCGCUGUAUUUUAAUGGGGUACUAACGGCAAACAGCGAUGAAUUGAUUGAUGCUAAGCGAAGAGACGGUGAAAAGAAAUAUUCCCCUCUUUGGUUUGGACCAAGAAUUGGAAGAAGGAAACGCAAUCCAACUGAAAAUAUUUUCAAAACUUUAGAUAGAGAAGAUUUGGACGCAUACGCUCUGAAAAAUCCAUGGCCUCUUAUGACCUUCAAUAAUGGUAAAAGACAAAUGGACUUUACACCUAGAUUAGGACGGGACUCUAUGGAAGACCAAGAAGAAAGACCAGACUACGAAGAAUUCACACAUAAACCUUUGCCACCACGUGUCGGACGACGAUAUUCACCAUACUCGCCAAGAUUAGGAAGGGAAAAUGAAAUUUUACUUCAGUAAUAAUAAUGGUUAAUGUUUUGUAUCCUGAAACUUAAUCGA